UUUGUCAUCCUCGGUCUCUGUGAAUUUUUUUGUUUGUGAUUUCCGUCUUACGCGAAUUUUAUGAUAACUUCUCACAAAAUCUUUUUACAAUUCGAAAUCAAGUGCCUAAAUAUUUUGGCAAUAUGCCAUAACAAUCAUUCUUUCGGAAAAUACUGGCAUAACAAGAAAGACUGCCGAACCAAGUGUCUUAUACCUACUCAGCUUCUGAAAUUUCUGUGCCUGCAAGCAAACCUUCCCGAGUCCGUGAAGGAUUUGGGAAGUGUUUACGUCCUAACUCAGCGUGCAAGGGCAAAAUACUGAUAUGAUAUGAUACUACAAUACUUACGUCACUCGCAAGCGCGAUUGUGUUCAGUCGAUCAUUGAGUAAAACAUGAAUCACCGCGUAAGCCAGGUUAAUUGAGGGUUCACUUGAAUUGAGCCGCGAUACGGGCGUCGUGUUGUCCUCGGUCGAAUGAGUGGACACGGAGUUGUAGACUAGUGCAGUGGUGACUAACGUGAUAAGGAGUGUGAGCUGUGUGAGUGAUUUAUUGUGGAUGCAAUGAUCGAGAGUGUGUCCCGACGUGCGUUCAGUAGCUCGAGCGGCACCUACAACGUGCGCGCCUCGGAGCUGGCGCGGGAGAGCAAACUCAAUAUUCUGAAUGUCACUGUGUACUUCCUGGACGAUACACAACACUGCUUUCAGAUUGAGAAAAAGGCUAAAGGUGUGCAGCUGCUAGAGCAAGUGUUCCACCACCUGGAGCUGGUGGAGAAGGACUACUUUGGCCUGCAGUACACGGAGAAUGGCUCGCCGCCAAGUGCCACCAACACAGAUGUCACUCGCUGGCUUGAUGCUAGUAAAUCAGUUAAGAAGCAGCUGUUGAGCAAUGCCCAGUUCUGGCUGGCAGUCAGAUUCUACCCUCCUGAGCCUUCAAGACUCGCCGAGGAGUUCACCCGAUACCUGCUCUGCCUGCAACUCAGGAAGUUUCUGUUGGAUGGCCGCAUGCAGGCACCAAAAAAUACUAUGCUGCUUCUAGCUUCCUUCACUGUUCAAGCGGAACUAGGAGACUAUAAUGUAUCAGAGCACCCACCAAACUACCUGUCAGAGCUCCGGCUGGUGCCGAAGCAGACCGCUGAAGAUGAGAGGAAGAUCAGUGAGCUGCACAAGCUACACAGAAACCAGUCCCCAGCCGAUGCUGAGGCCAACUUUCUAGAACACGCUAAGAGGCUUGACUGCUAUGGAGUAGAAUCACAUCCAGCUAAGGAUUGCAGUGGUAAAGACAUCUCGAUUGGGGUCACCUCAAUCGGUAUAGUUGUGUUCCAAAACAACAUCAGAAUCAACACAUUUUCUUGGGGGAAAAUUGUUAAGAUUUCAUUCAAAAGAAAACAGUUCUUUAUUCAGCUGAAACGAGAGCCUUCAGAAUCAUACGACACCGUCCUUGGCUUCAACAUGAGGUCGGGACGGUCAGCAAAAGCGCUAUGGAGAUGUAGCGUAGAACGACACGGCUUCUUCAGACUACGGGCGCCUAAACGUAGGCCCCUGUUGAGUGCUCUGGGCGCCCUGGCCGGCAUCGGGGCGCCUAGAGUGCCUAGGACUGAGAGCCAAGCGCUGGAAGAUGCUAGAAGAUCGCGCUCCGGUAAUAGGACUUUUGUUAGACGCAGCAGCUCGCGCCACCGCAGCCUCUCCUCAUCCGCCGCGUCGCCCGGACUGAGCGCCCUGCGCACCGCGCGCGUCACCACGCACCGCGACCCCCCCCCCGCGCGCCGCCUGGACCAAGCCCGCAGUCAGGUCAGUGACGUCACCGCCCCCCGCGACCCCCACCCGCGCGCCGCCUGGACCAAGCCCACAGUCAGUCAGGUCAGUGACGUCACCGCCCCCCGCGAACCCCCCCCCCCCCCCGCGCGCCGCCUGGACCAAGCCCGCAGUCAGGUCAGUGACGUCACCGCCCCCCGCGACCCCGCGCCGCGCGCCGCCUGGACCAAGCCCGCAGUCAGCGAAGGCGACUUCCUAGAGGCCCGACUGCGCGUCCCACUAACCUACGUCGACGACACUUCCUCCGCCUCCGAAGCGGAACCAGAACCCUCCCCCCCCGACUACCUCGAGCGGGCCUCCCCCCCUGACUACCUCCAGGGGCCGGAGUACAUGGUAGUGAGGUUAAGGGCGGGUCCGGAUGGCAAGUUUGGGUUGAAUGUGAGGGGUGGGAGGGGCGCGGCGGUGGUUUCUAGGGUCGCGCCGCAGGAGCCUAGCGCGACGCAUUCGCUUACUGAGGGUGAUCAGAUCAUAUCAAUAAACGGGGUAUCAGUGAUGGACCUGACGCACGAACAAGUCGUCAUGUUGAUACGAAACACGGUCGGGGUCCUCACUUUAGUAAUUAAGCCUAAUGCCGUAUACGACACCGAAGACACCACCGAAGAACCCACCGCCUGCUUCGUACCACUCGGAGCAGAACAAUACGAGGGAGACCCCACGGAGCAGUCCAUGCUGCUGCUGGGCGACUGCCUGGCGAGCGGCGCGGCGCUGCGGCAGUUCGACGCGCUGCCGCGGCGGCUGCUCGACGAGCCUAUUACUGCGAGCCGGCUGCCCGCGAAUGUGCCCGCUAAUAGAUACAGGGAUAUUGCGCCUUACGACAAGACCCGCGUGAUCCUCAAGAACGGCUCGCACGGCGACUACAUCAACGCAUCCUACAUCAACAUGGAGAUACCCAACUCGGAUCAAGUGCUCACGUAUAUCGCCACGCAAGGUCCCCUCCCGUCUACAAUAGGCGACUUCUGGCAGAUGGUGUGGGAGUCUGAGAGCAACCUUAUCGUGAUGCUGACUGUACUGACGGAGUUAGGUCGUGCUAAAUGCGCUCAGUACUGGGCCCGCGUGGGCGGCGACCUGCGCGCCACUAGCGACCUCACCGCGACCACCGCCAGCGAGCAGAACCACGGACACUACGUGCGCAGGCAGAUCACUCUCAAGCACACAGACGGCGCAUCCCGCGUGGUCACCCAGCUGCAGUACACGGCGUGGCCCGACCACGGCGUGCCGGACGACCGCGCCGCCUUCGUGCGCUUCACGCAGCUGUGCACGCGCCUGCGCCGCCCAGCGCUCCCGAAACCAGUCUGCGAGCUCGAAGGCGAAGACUCCAUCCUCGAGACGCCGAUGAUCGUGCACUGCUCGGCGGGCGUGGGGCGCACGGGCGCGCUGGUGCUGGCGGAGCUGGCGCUGGCGCUGCUGCGGCGCCGCCGCCCCUUCUACCCGCUGGACGCCGUGCGAGCCCUGCGGACCAUGCGCGCGCACGCCGUGCAGAACACCAGCCAAUACAAGUUUGUAUGCGAGAGCAUACUGAUGGCGUAUACGCAGGGACUGAUCGACGACGUACCCGACAGUGAUGACAACUCAUAGUGAGUGAGUGACUCAACCCUAUAGACUACCUAUUGUAAUGUAUUCGAGUGAAACGUAGUAGCGAGAAGAAGAAAUAUUUUCGUGGUAAGUUGUUUUAUACUAUGACGUCUUAGGAUAAUUUAAUUUCUGACUCGAUUAAUUAAUUUAUGCCAAGAAAAAGUGUGAAAGUUUGUGGCCACACGCCAAAUCGAAAAGUUAA